AUGGCUUCACCCCCACAAUUUAAAGAUGAAAUAAACCCGCGCCGAGGCCAUAAAGGCUCUGAUAUCAUAGGGCCCCGGAAUCCUAAUCGAGAGCACCAGGAGCCCGAUUUGGUUUCUCCUCCAUCAAUAGAUGCAGGGAAGCUCGCAAAUAUGAAAUGGUCGUUCGCAGAUUCUCAUAUGCGUUUAGAAGAAGGAGGGUGGGCCCGAGAGACUACAGUUAGAGAGCUUCCUACGUCGACCGAGCUAGCCGCUGUAAAUAUGAGACUCGAAGAAGGUGUCUAUCGUGAGUUACACUGGCAAACAGAGGCCGAGUGGGCGUAUGUUUUGGAAGGGUCUUGCCGGAUCACUGUCCUCGACACAGAGGGUGGUUGUUAUAUUGAUGACUUGCAAAAAGGCAAUCUGUGGUAUUUUACAACUGGAUUCCCACACAGCAUUCAAGGAAUUGGGAAAGAGGGCACAGAGUUCUUGCUUAUCUUCGAUGACGGCAACUUUUCUGAGGAUUCGACUUUCCUUCUGACAGACUGGCUUGCCCACUCUGAUAAAAACGUUCUAGCAAAGAAUUUUAAUAUCCCUCGAGGAGUAUUCAAUAACCUUUCCCAGAAGGAGAAAUACAUAUUCCGAGGCACAAUCGCACCGCCUCUAGACGAAGACAGAAAGCAAGUCAACCCCUCUAAGCACCGAUUCACACACCGUAUGCUAGAGCAGGAGCCUAUCAAAUUCGCCGGAGGGGAAGUACGAAUAGCAGACACGAAGAACUUCCCUAUCUCGCAAUCUGUCGCCGCUGCGCACGUACUCAUUAAUCCUCAUGGCCUGCGAACCAUGCAUUGGCACCCGAAUGCCUCUGAAUGGUCAUAUUUUAUUCGAGGAAAGGCGCGAGUAACUAUCUUUGCCUCGAACGGGACGGCCCGCACCUUCAAUUACCAAGCAGGAGAUAUCGGCAUAGUCCCUCGAAACAUGGCGCACUUUGUAGAAAAUAUUGGUGACGAGCCUGUCGAGAUGCUGGAGGUCUUUCGCGCGUCUACAUUUCAGGACUUUUCACUUGAGCAGUGGCUCGCUCAGACUCCACAGACCAUGGUGGUUGAACAUCUUAAUUUAGAUGGAGGUAACGCGAAGAGGUUCCUCGACUCGCUCAGCAAAACGAAGGUUCCUGUCAAGCCUGGGCGACGGAGUUCUUUUUCUCUUUAA